UAAUCCACCCUGAGCAGGAACCAAGAAAACAGCAAUUGCUCCCUGAGGGAAGAAGAGGAAGAGCAGUUGUAGAAGGAGAGCAGAGAAAAUAAGGAAGAAACAGCACUGACUACACUAGACCUUCUGUGAAAAAACUAAAAUCACAUACUGAAAAUAUUCAACUGAGGCAACCAAAAUAAGAUCUGCGAGAUACUUUUUAAUACUUUUGAGCUGAAAAGGGAAGAUUAAACCUCACUUUCUACCUUUUAUUCAUCCCUUCAUUCCUCCUGUUCCUUUCCCUCAUCUUUCCUAAACCCCAACACACCACACGUCAGACAAGAUGCCCACCAAUGGGGUAAGCAAAGCCUUGAAACUCCAGUUUGGCCUCGUCAACCACGAGGGUCGUUACCUAACAGCUGAAACAUUUGGCUUCAAGGUGAAUGCAUCGGCAUCCAGUAUGAAGAAGAAACAGAUCUGGACACUAGAGCAGGAUGAUCAGGACGGCCAGGCAGUGUUCCUACGUAGCCACUUGGGUCGCUACCUGGCAGCUAACAAGGAUGGCAAGGUGAGCUGCGAGGCAGAAGAAGCUGACGGUGACUGUCGUUUUCUGAUCGCAGCGCAGUCAGAUGGCCGUUGGGCCCUGCAGUCUGAGCCCCACCAGCGGUACUUUGGCGGCUCAGCAGACCGCCUCUCCUGUUUCAGCCAGGCUGCUGGUGAGUCUGAACUGUGGGCUGUGCACCUUGCGCUGCAUCCGCAAGCCAACAUGCUUUCCGUCAGCCGCAAGCGCUACGCGCACCUGGCUGUGGCUGAAGAUGAAAUUGCCGUGGACAACAACAUCCCUUGGGGUGUGGAUUCCCUGGUUACUCUGGUCUACCAGGAUGGCAAGUACUGCCUGAAGACGUGUGACAACCGCUUUCUCAACCAUGAUGGCAAGUUGGUGAGGGUGGCUGGUCACGGCACAGACUACACUCUAGAGAUCAGAUCUGGGAAACUGACCUUUAAGGACUAUGAAGGGAAGUACCUCUCACCCACAGGGCCCACUGGGACCCUGCGCUCUGGCCGCUGCUCUAAACCUGGUAAGGACGAGCUCUUUGACCUGGAGGAGAGUCACCCACAGGUGGUCUUCCAGGCCAGCAACCACAGAUUUGUCUCCGUCAAACAAGGGGUGAGUGUUUCAGCUAAUCAGGAUAAUGAGACAGAUAUGGAGACCUUCCAGAUGGAGAUUGACAAGGACAAUAAGAAGUGCAUGUUCAGGACCAAUAGUGGCACCUACUGGACACUGGUCUCCCAAGGGGGCAUCCAGUCUACAGCCACAGAAAUAGCGGCAACCACCAUGUUUGACAUUGAAUGGCUUGGGCGUCGGGUGGCCUUGAGGGCCAGCAAUGGCAAGUACAUCUCCACCAAGAAGAAUGGCCAGCUGGCGGCUGUCAGCAGUAUGCCAGGGGAGGAUGAGCAGUUCAUGAUGAAACUCAUCAACCGACCCAUCCUGAUCCUGCGAGGUGAGAGUGGUUUUGUGUGCCAUCACAAGAGCUCCAAUACACUGGAUGCCAACCGUUCUGUCUAUGACAUCUUCACGUUGCUGUUUAGUGAUGGUGCCUACCACAUCAAAGGUACUAGUGGAAAAUUCUGGUACGUCUCCAACAGUGGCGUGGUGUGCACAGAUGGGGACAUGCCUGAAGACUUCUUCUUUGAGUUCCUGGAACAUGGACGGGUGGGCAUUAAGGGCAAGAAUGGGAAGUACCUGAGAGGGGACCAAGGUGGAACACUGAAGGGAGAUGCAGACAGUGUGGACAUCUCUUCACUUUGGGAGUUUUGACCUCUGACCCCAGGUGGAUGUCUGUGCCAGCUCUCAGCAAAAGCAGCUUAAACAGCAAAGAUAUUUUGGGAGGGGUUGAUGGAUUUCAUGUCUAUUCAU